AGGGGAUAGACAUAUAAAAUCCCGCCACCCCCUUUUUUUUUCAUUAAACCCUAAACCCCUAUAAAGUAGAGGAAGCAAUGAAAGAAGCUCUAUUUAGAAUUUAGGAACAUGUCUUUUUUUGCUUGCAGAUUUCUUCUCUCUUUCGCUAAAUCUAAUACUUUCAACUCACUUCCCAAGCAGCACUCACUCUUCUUACUCGCCGCUUUGACUCGCUCCCAACUCAGGUUCUACUCCUCCGAAUUCCAUUCCACCAAAGACGACGACGACGUUGGUAAAAAUGAGCUACGAAUGCGAAUACAGAAGUUCUUUGAUGGUGAUGAAGACGCUAUACCUUCAAUUUUUGAAGGGAUUCUAAAGAGGAAGUUGUCAGGGAAGCAUGAAGAGAGUGAUGAUGAAUUGAUGAAAGAGAUUCGCCGCGAACGGCACCAACCUCUGGAUGAUGUUGUGGAACAAGAAUUCGACUCCGAUUUGACUGACUCUUCUGAUACUGAUGGAGAUUGAUGCUUUAAAGAGCAUAAUUGCCGGUCAGUAAGUUGCAUAACUCAUAGCACUUUAGUACUAUUUAGAGAUGCCUUCUUUUUUUUUUUUUUGCUGUCAAAUUGGAUGAUUCAACAAAACACCAGUACCAUAUGAAGAUGGAGCUUGAUAUAUUUAUUUAAAUGAUCAAGGGAAUAUAGCACUUUUACUGUCUUCUAGAA